AUGCAUUUUACAUUCCACUAUGCACUUCAACAUAGUCCUCCCUUCACAGGUUCUUCUCUAUCGAAGCUAUCACUAUCCACGGCUUCGACGCCAUCCUCACCUUCGUCACUAGCGCUACACGACGCGCCAACCGGCCAAGCCAUACAUAUCUAUCUAGUUCCAACACUAGCAACCGCGCCCAACGAGCUUACGCCUCUCUCUCUCUCGACGGUCACUUCAAACGCGCAAAGGGUCUCGGCCCUAAUCAAGCGCAUUCAUCCCACGGUGCCUCUCACUAUUCGGCGCAUCGUACUUUUCUUUCGACGUACACCUUCGACCAUGCCUCUCUUCCUUCGACACACCACCCAUAUCUCGUCGGCCAGCUUCGCAAAGCCUAAGCUCUUAGAGCUCGUCCCCGUUCUCGCUAGCCAGCCUAGCUUCCAUUCAGAUCCCAUCUUCUACAAAGCAAAUGCAAUCAACAGAGGCAAUCCUACCACUAAGCCAAAACAAUACUGUACCUACUACCAGUGUAAGACAGUACACACUAUAGAGCAAUGCCAUCUCAACCCCGCUGACGCCAACGCCAAUGCUAACACUACCAGAUCGGCUGAUACGCUAACCACCACCGCCGCUUCCUCUGCUACUACAGCCAAUUCCGUCACCGGAAGCCCUAUGUUACGCUCCAACAACCCAUUUACAAGCUAG